UUUACCAUAACUAUUACAUCCUCCCGAAGCUCAUCUUUCCCGCCAUUUUGCUUCGCUUUUGCUCUUUCCCAUUCCACAGCAAAACCCUAGAUCGCCAUGGAAGAGGAAAUCAAAGCGGAGUUCAACAAGAACGGCUUCACUCUCGACGAAGAACAAGAGAUUUUGCAGAAAUGUCUUACAUUCUGCAUUCAGUACAAGCUCAGUCCUUCCGACCUCGUUUCGAGCUGGGACCUUUUCUCUAUCAACAGGCAGCUAGAAUUGACGGUGAAAAAUGCCCAUAUGGAUGCAUUCUUGCUGCAACUACAGGAUGAUCAGAAGGAAGCAAUUAUCAAAAACGAGUCUGGUUUGCAUUUCUACUCCAAUGAUCUGGAUAUGAUACUGAGUGAUGAACAAGAAGAUACAAAAGUAGGUAUUCUCGGCACUCCACCGGGUAGAAAUGAUACACUCUGUCCAGAGCCACUUGAUUCAACUCACAAAGUUAAUGGCAAUAGUUUUUCUUCUGGAAAGCCACCAGAAUCUGUGACACCGUUUGGGCAAAGAAAAAGUAAGUUUGUGGUGCAAUCCACUCUCAAUGAUCUGCCUAAUACGGAAAUCAUAAAGAAAGAGGAAGAUCAUGGUAAUUCGGAGGAUUACAUAAUAAUGAGAGUACAACCCAGUGCAAGGUGUUCCUUGGUGAUCCAUGGUUCCCAGCUUGAACCAGGUUGCAGGUUUAUGUAUGACAAGAUUGAAGACAAGUUCAAUUUCCUUGAAAAUCGAAUUAGAAAACAUGCGACAGCACUUGUUGCUUCUGGGCUGUGCGAGGAAGCGAAGGACCCUACAGUUGCUUCACAGGAAAGUGUAUUUGCUGUUGGCAUGAUCUGCUGUGAUGAAGAAGGCCGUUUGAAGGAGAAGCCUGUCCUGCUGCAGAGCAGCGUAGAGCAUUCGCAAGGGCAACGUGUACGUCUUGACUUACAAAAACUGAGCCAAUUUUCGAUUUUCCCAGGCCAGGUUGUAGGUGUUGAAGGGCACAAUCCUAGUGGCCACUGUCUGAUUGCGUCUCAACUUAUUGAUUAUGUGCCCAUGUCAGUUCCUUCUGACGAGUAUCUUCAUCCUACAAAGAAACAAGCUGUUGAUCAGGAGUUUCAGUUGACUGAUCCAUCCAUGCUUGGAGAGCUAUCCACGGUCAUUGCAGCAGGCCCUUUUACCACAAUUGACAACUUGUUCUUUGAACCUCUAGCUGAGCUGCUAGCAUAUGCACGUAGAAAGCAACCCCAGUUGCUUUUAUUGCUUGGGCCAUUCAUUGAUUCUGAACAUCCAGAUAUUAAGAAAGGAACUGUAAACCGGACCUUCGAUGAAAUCUUUCGUCAAGAAGUCCUUGAAAGGCUUCAAGAUUAUGUGGAAUAUAUGGGCUCUGCUGCACGUGUGGUUCUUGUACCGUCUGUACGGGAUGCUAACCAUGAUUUUGUUUUCCCUCAGCCUGCAUUUGAUAUUCAACAACCUGAUCUUAAGCAUAAGAUAACCAGUCUUACAAAUCCAGGGAUUUUCAGUGCCAAUGGGAUCAAGAUAGGUUGCUGCACUGUUGAUAUUCUGAAGCAACUUAGUGGAGAGGAGAUUUCGCGAAAUCCACUUGGGGGAUCCAAGCAGAGAAUGAGUAGACUUGCAAAUCAUCUUCUUAGCCAGCGCAGCUUUUAUCCUCUAUAUCCACCGAUGGAGGGUACUCCCUUGGAUUUUUCACUUGCUCCAGAGGCACUUCAGAUCUCUUGUGUUCCCGACAUCCUCAUCCUAUCCUCAGAUUUGGCUCAUUUCGUGAAGGUUUUGUCAGUUGGGGAUAAGAACGAAGGGGAAGAGCAAGCAAAGUGUGUUUGCGUUAAUCCAGGAAGACUGUCGAGGGGUGAAGGAGCUGGUUUUUUCGUGGAGCUGAACUACCAUCAGAAUCCUGAUUCGACAACUGCUUCAGUUAUAAGCAUAUGAACCUGAUCAUAGAAAUGCUUCAUUUAUCAACUUAUACACCUUUGGACCAAAAGUGUUGAAACCCUGUUGCAGAUUGUUUCGGCUCGUUGAAGUAAACUAGGGUGGCCACUGAAUACUAAUCAAGCUGCUGAUAACCAUCCUUAAUUAAUGUGGUCCUGUAUUUAAUAGUUUCACAUCUGGUGUGCUGUCACAAUAUUUAAGGUGAUGGUAUAGGAUUCCAAAAUGCUAGAGGCACAUCGGUGUGGCACGCUUCAGCUACAUAGGAUUACUAUACCCAUCAAUGCUAAUUAAUAUUUAAGGUGAUGGGGUAGGAUUACCAUACCUAUCAAUGCUAAUUCUAUGUUACUUCUCUUCUGGUUACCGGAAUGAUUUACUAGUAAUGUUUAUUGUUUGUUACUAUUCAUCCUGUUUACAGGGUGGGAGUGAUUUCUUCUU